AUGGUGCAAUUGGCAAAAUAUUUAUUGCGAAUUGGAAGGAUGGUGAAAGAAUGGAUGAUUUUUGGUAUGAUGAAACCAUUAAUACCCAAAGAAAACGUAGUAUUCCUGUUCCAGUUGCAAUCCAAUUCGCAAAAUGCUCCCAAAGAAUUUAUCAAUGAGCUAAAAGUUCAUCAUCAAUUUAUAACAAGCGGUAUAAGGUUUCUUCGAUUGUAUGGUGUUUCUCGGGAUCCGAUUACAAAAAAUUAUUGUGCUGUGUACUCGAAU